UCUUCUGUGCAAAGCUCUUCAAGCUCGUCUUCUUCACAGUGGUGGUGGUGAGCUUCCAUGACAUUAGCCAUUGCUACCCACUUGGCCAAGCUGGAGCUCUGAAGGCCUUAUGGAGAGCUAAAAGAAGAGGAAAUGCUGCUGUUGAGGAUGAGUGGGUGGUGCCAAGUUUGAGCGCCGACCAUCACCGGCCGUCUUCCAGCUGUGGAAAGGAGGAGGAUGAUCUCAUCAGAGGUGGGCUGCCUGGCCAGCCACCAUUUGCAGGCUCCAACAUGUUCAAGCAAUAUGCAGGCUACGUGACUGUGGAUGAAGCCAAUGGCAGAAGCCUCUUCUACUAUUUUGCUGAGGCUGUUCAAUUUCCUUCUUCUAAGCCUCUUGUUCUCUGGCUAAAUGGAGGGCCUGGCUGUUCAUCACUAAUGGGAGCCAUGCAAGAGCUGGGACCUUUUCGUGUAAAUUCAGAUGGUAAAACACUUUAUCCAAGGCGCCAUGCUUGGAACCAAGUUGCAAAUAUGUUGUUUCUGGAGUCUCCAGCUGGGGUCGGAUUCUCCUACUCCAACACUACCUCUGAUUACCUGAACUCUGGAGAUAAAAGAACAGCGGAAGAUGCAUACACUUUCCUGAUCAAUUGGUUCGAAAGAUACCCAGAAUACAAGUCUCGAGACUUCUACAUAACAGGAGAAAGCUAUGCAGGAUAUUACAUUCCAGAGCUUGCAGACACCAUUGUCAAGAGAAACAAAGAGGCAGACCCCUCCUUGGUGAUCAAGCUCGAAGGAAUAAUGAUAGGAAAUGGGAUAAUGAACAGGGAAACGGACGACAGAGGAUCUUUUGAUUACCUUUGGACCCACGCAUUGAUUUCGGAUGAGACUCAUCGAGGACUUCUGGAAUACUGCAUGAAUUCCCAAAGCAAAAAAUGCGUUGAUGUUGUGGAAAGGGCUGACAAAGAGGUUGGAGAUAUUGAUGGAUACAAUAUCUAUGCCCCAGUGUGUUUGAAUGCAUCACUAUCUUCGAGAAACCCGAGACGCUGUGGAGUUUAUGAUCCAUGUGAAGGCGAUUAUGUUCACAGUUAUCUCAAUCUUCCUCAAGUUCAGAAAGCUUUGCAUGCCAACAGAACCAAUCUGCCCUAUCCAUGGCAGCUUUGCAGUGCCAUCAUAGUUUGGAACGAUAGACCGUCAACUAUGUUCCCCAUAUACAGAAGGCUGAUCGCUUCUGGUCUUCGAAUACUUCUUUACAGUGGCGACGUCGAUUCAGUCGUUCCAGUGUCUAGCACUCGAUACUCCAUCGACGCCUUAAAUCUUACAGUGGUUAAGCCUUGGUCUCCUUGGACAGAUGCUGGCGGAGAAGUGGGUGGAUAUGCAGUGGCUUACAAUGGAUUGGAAUUUGCAACAGUUCGAGGUGCUGGCCAUGAAGUUCCAAUGUAUCAGCCGCUCAGAGCUUUGACCCUAUUUAAGAUGUUUUUGUAUUUACCCAGAAAGAACUUUGUUGCACUAGCUGCCAAGAUGAAAGGUGCAUUCCUAGCAUUGGUUUUCCUUUCAUGCCAUGCUGCAGCUGUACAUUGCUAUGGAGGAAUCCGAUUUGAUCCACUUGGGAGAGUUUUGGAUGCUCAGUUGUCGAAGAAGGCACAGUCUACUAGUCAUUCUACUCCCGAAUUGAUUGCCACAGAGUAUUUACCCGUGUAUGUAGGCCCUCAAGAUGGGCUGAAAGCUGCCGACAAGAUUGAAAGUUUGCCAGGGCAGCCUAAUGGAAUGAACUUUGAUCAGUACUCGGGCUAUGUCACUGUUGAUCCGAAGGCUGGCAGGGCGCUGUUCUACUACCUUGCCAAGUCUCAGAACUCUUCUAGCAAGCCUCUUGUGCUGUGGCUAAAUGGAGGACCUGGCUGCUCGUCGUUUGGAAAUGGAGCAAUGAUGGAACUCGGGCCAUUCCGAGUCAACAGUGAUGGUAAAACUCUAUCAGAAAACAAAUAUGCUUGGAACAAUGCUGCAAACAUCCUUUUCCUGGAAUCUCCAGCCGGUGUUGGAUUUUCUUACUCAAAUACAACAUCAGAUUACGACAAAAGCGGGGAUGCAGCAACUGCAGCAGAUUCAUACACCUUUCUAGUCAACUGGCUGGAAAGGUUUCCUGAAUACAAAACCAGGGACUUCUUCAUAACCGGAGAGAGUUAUGCAGGACAUUAUAUCCCUCAACUUGCUGAACUAAUCCUUCACAACAACAAGAUCACUAAUCAAACUGUCAUCAACUUAAGGGGAAUAGCUAUGGGAAAUGCAUACGUAGAUUUUGAAACAGCAUACACCGGGAUAUUUGAGUUUUUCUGGUCGCAUGCUCUCAUAUCUGAUGAAAUUCAUGAAGGGAUUGUUUUAAAUUGCAAUUUCUCUUCGGAAGGAUCUGUCUCCGAUACAUGCGAGGACUAUAUCUCUGAAGCAUUUGAGGCUAAGGGCAACGUUUUCUUCUACGACAUCUAUGCUCCUUUGUGCUUUCACAAUUCCUCAGUUUCGUUUCCUCGUUUGCCACAGUUAUCGUCAUUCGAUCCAUGCUCAGAUGACUACAUUUUCUCCUACUUGAACAUUCCUGAGGUGCAAAACUCUCUUCAUGCAAAUGUAACUGGUCUUCCAGGACCCUGGGAUAGCUGCAACUUCUACAUCAAUUCUCACUGGAAUGACAUGCCAUUGACAGUCCUGCCCACCAUCCAGAAGCUGAUGGACAGCGGCAUUAGUGUUUGGAUUUACAGUGGAGACACUGAUGGUAGAGUGCCAGUGACUUCAACUAGAUUUGCCAUUGACAAGCUUCAAACUUCAGUCGACACUGCAUGGUACCCAUGGUACCUAAAUGGAGAGGUUGGAGGGUACGUUGUCGGGUACAAGAAUCUGACUUUUGUGACAGUGAGGGGAGCUGGACAUUUUGUUCCAAGUUAUCAACCAGCAAGAGCAUUGGCCUUCUUCUCAUCCUUCUUGGAAGGAAAGCUUCCACGCUCAAAUUAA